AUGUUUCACGGGAAUAAUUCAAAGCUUCGUCAUUUGUAUGCGUGUCUUGUCUGUAGAAGAAAUGAUCAGCUAGCAAAAACCACUCCUGCGGCUGACAGAUACGGUGUUGCAUUCAGUGUACUUUCGGAUUUCUAUUUCGUUGAUAUACAUCAAUUACUAAAGCCUACCAACGAGGGGCCAGGUGUCUCCGUAUAUGGACAAUGUUGCCUGUUACUCCUGGUUCUAGCGAUGGGCUUGCGCUUGAAAUGCAGAAUAUUUAUGGCCGCCGCCUUCAGUUUGCCAUCUUGCAUGCAUUACUGCGUGGUUGAGCUCACUCAGCCUCUUAUUGAUGAUUCUGUGCUCAGUCUGUCUUCGUUCGGAGGGUUGAAUAUGGAUUCUGAAAAUCAACCUCUAACACCUAUUCGUCAGUUUCGCCCAACGAAGGCUCCAGUCACCUGUCCUCCCGGUCGCCGUCAACCAAUGGUAUUCUCCAAUCGCUUCGGUCAAUCUGAUGCCUCUUCGGAGGAAAGUGGUACACUCGGAACUGACUGUUUGACACCAACACUGUGUUCUCCGCGUCGACUGAGGGGUCCGUGGAACGCUGCGGAAAGGCGGCUAAACGCAACUCAACCUGCUAUGAUCGAUAUCGUGGAUAUGUCUGNUCGUUAA